UGUGCAGCUCAGGGAGCCAAGGGACACAGCGGAUCACGGAAAGAGCCAAAGAUGUCGGCUCGGUCAUGUGAUCAUCUGUGUCCAAUCACAGCUCAUCACAUGGGACAUGUACACUGAUCAUCAGGGCACUGAUGAUCAGUGUGCCCUGAUGAUCAGUGUGGCCCCAGAAGUGCCACCUGUCAGUGUCCAUCAGUAACAGCAGUCAGUGCUCAUCAGUGCCACGUGCCAGUGCCCAUCAGUGCCACAUCAAUGCCACAUAUCAGUGCACAUCAAUGCCACAUAUCAGUGCCCAUCUGAGCUGCCUUUCAAUGUCACCCAUCAGUGCCAGUCAGUGCCACCUAUCAAUGCCAAUCAGUGACACCUAUCAGUGCUGCCAAUCAGUGCCGCCUAUCCGUGCCAGUCAGUGUCACCUAUCAGUGCGCAUCAGUGCCACCUAUCAGUGCCAGUCAGUGCCGCCUAACAGUGCC